ACUGCGGCGCCGGGACCCCGGCAGCGCCCCCAGCCUGGGGGACAGGGUCCCCUACGUCAUCGUCACCGGGGCGCGGGGCCAGGCGGCCUACACCCGCUCGGAGGACCCGGUGUUCGCCCUGGAGCAGAACCUGCCCAUCGACACGCGCUACUACCUGGAGCAGCAGCUCAGCCGGCCCCUGCUCCGCAUCUUCGAGCCCAUCCUGGGCGAGGGACGGGCCCAGGCCGUGCUGCUGCAGGGGGAGCACACCCCGAGUCUGGGGCGAUUUUGGGGUGAAUUUGGGUCAUUUCAGGUGGAUUUUUUUGGGGUUUUUGGGGGGAAUUUUGGGGUUUUUUGCCCCCAAACUUUGGGGGAUUUUUUGGGGGUUGAUUUUUAACCUUUUCCGGGGUUUUUCACCCCAAAUUUCCCCUCCCAGAGGGGAGCACACCCGCUGCAAGACCCUCCUGACCGCCCGCUCCGGGGGGCUCUCGGCCUUCACCUCCAAGCGCAGCAGCUGCGUCGGCUGCCGGGCCCUGCUGCCCCACCACGGUGCAGUUUGCGAUUUCUGCCGCCAGAGGGAGUCCGAGCUCUACCAGAAGGAGGUGUGCCAGGUGUGGCACCUGGAGCGCAGCUUCGCGCGCCUCUGGAGCCAGUGCCAGCGCUGCCAGGGCUCCCUGAUCCAGGACGUGCUGUGCACCAGCCGGGACUGCCCCAUUUUCUACAUGCGCCGCAAGGUGCAGAAGGACCUGGAGGCGCAGCAGGAGCUGCUGCAGCGCUUCGGCCAGCCCGACUGGUGACCCCAAAAUCGCCCCAAACCACCCCAAAAGGGCCCCAAAAUCCCAACAUUUGGGACUUGGGGGCGCUUCUCACCCCGCUCGGGGAUUUUCUAUCGGAGUUUAAUAAAAAGCUGAUUUUUAGUGA